AUGCUGUUUCAUCCACCAAAGCUCGUGUCCACCGUGCCAGCAAGUGGAAGCUCCGGAUUUGGCAUUCUGAUGAUAUGCGCCAUCGUAUCUGUCAAUUACUACUUUGAGCGUUUACGUGGUACUGCCUCAGGGAUCGCCAUGUCCGGUGCCGGCGUCGGGUACUUAUGUGUCCCCUUCCUGUUUAGCUAUUUGGUGCCUCGCUUUGGAUGGCGUUACACGCUGCUCCUCUACUCUGCGUCCAUAUUCGUUUUGUUGGUGUCUGCUGUUUUGGUCAUCCGUCCAUUUGUGAUCGUUGCUUCGGACGGAUCAGAAGUGGAUGAAGAGCACACGGAGAACGUGAAGCAAACUCAAGUUGGCCAUCCAACCACAAAUGUAAGCAGAGCGAAUGGCGCUGUUCCAGAGCGAUCGGAGCAUCACCCGGGAAGUAAAGAAAACGGACCUGAAGCUCCAGAUAAUGAGGUCUCUAUGGCUCCACUUACGAUACUGGCUUUGGCGGAUGAUGACCAAUUAUCAGUCGGUGAGACGGCAUUUUCUACUGCCUCUCGUACCCGUGCCUACCUUGCAAACAUCAAAGAAGACAAAGCUGCCAAGUUGGUCAUGCCGUUGGGGGACGAAACACUGGCUGAUACUGGAGACCAUGUCAAUUGCGAGUUGAAAGACACACCGACACCGCAGUCUUUUGCCAAUCGAUCUGGCCAGUAUCAGCUACGCCAGAAUGGGUUACGAACAUCAGGACCAUUGGCCGCAGUUAAUGAACAAGCUGAUGAUGACCUCGGCUCAACUGUGGGCUCACGGCUGUGGAAGUCUACACUGGCUUUCAAACGGAGCAAUCCGCCUCCUCGUUCUCAGCGUACUUACUCCUCUAGUCGCAUAAGGAGUGUCGAAUCAAGAGAUGCUUCUUCACACCCGAAUGUGAAAUGCAAGAGUGCCGGUAAGAAAAGCUUUGUCUUGGACCCCUUUGAGCAGAUGGACGUCUUUUUCUCCGGCAGCUUGGCAAGCCUUGGCUAUUACGAUACACAUCGUACAAGGCACACAUCUGAGCAACGGAGUACCCUGUUCAGCUCUCAACUGCACGACCCUUCACGAUUUGGCUCCUUGCAGUCUAGUGCAAUCCAGUCCAUUAAUCACGUUGAACCGAGCCAAACACAAUUUUAUUGUCCCAGAGUUGGCUUCACUGACAUUGCGGACCGACCGUCUGAACUUCUUGGGGAUUAUGAAAAAAGACCACCUUCGAGUUGGCUAAGCAAAGUGGACGAGGCUGAUUGGUACGGACAGCGGAAUAAUUAUAUCACUUCAGAAGAGACUGUAAAUCACCAAGCCACUUGGGAUAGUGAAUACAGGUUAAACAAGGUAUUACGAUUUCGUGAGUGGAUCGUGACUGUUUUCGAUCUGAAACUGUUCACUAUUCCCUCAUUCCUUUUCAUUACGGCAAUCGGGGUGGCAACCCAACUGGCGUAUUUCAUCCCAUUUGUGUAUUUGACUGACUUUGCGAUGAGCAAAGGUAUGGAGCAAAACGACGCAAACCUUCUGCUUGUAAUUCUGGGAGCCACACACACCAUCGGUCGUAUAAUGUCUGGCUGCGCAGCUAACAUGAGCUGGGUGGACACUGUUUAUCUGAGCGGCCUAGGAAGUCUAUUCGCCGCAGCCGUCACCUUACUCUUGCCCAGUGCGUUCCCCGUUGGAUUCGCGUGGUACGGUGUCUACGCAGCAACUUUCGGUAUAUCUGUGGCAUUUCCCAUUCCGAUGGUCCCUAUAAUCCUGGUUCGAUUUCUCGGGCUUCAAAGGCUUACAGCUAGCUACAGUAAUCUGAAUAUGAUCAAAGGGAUCGCAUCUGUCGUUGGACCUUUGAUUGCAGGUUGGGAACUUUAUUGAGAUCCGGUACUGAACUGAGGAACUGCUUCCGCCAGAGAUGGGACUAAAUAACCAACAAAGACUCAUCUGGACCAUGGCCUUAUACCAAAACCAAACAAUUGCACCCAACACAACGACUGAUGUCCAGUGAGGAUAGCUGGACACGAAUUCCUCACACUCCAGCAAGUAUACAAAAUCAGAGAAAGUGAGACCCCAGAUACUCUGGAAAUUUUACUUACCUGCACAGUUAUUCCUCCUUCUGGACUGGCCGAAACCUCUAUGGCGCGCUCUGACUGAGCUAUCUGAUCAGCCAAGAGACGGGUCGUUCGACUGCACAUUACAGUGUACAGAUGGUUGAUUAGAGGCUUUGUCAGAUGUACAUGACCGUUCAAAACAAUUAACGACAGUGUUCCAGGACGUGGUGGCUUUUCGUCUGGCAAACGUUCUACCUACAAAAAGCCACAAAAUUCCGUUUUUCAACACUGUGAUGUGGCGGAUGUGACUCGCCACCGAAUAAAAUCCCUGCCCACAAUUACACACUGGCAUAUUGACUAGAGUCAUUCUACACUAUUUGAUUGACAAGUAAAAAACUCUCAGUCUUCAUACACUGUCAUCACUUCAUCUACUGUGCUUUUCCUGUUUACGCUACGCACACGAAUCUAGUUCAUCUUCACCACGCUGGCGAUUUUGCUCCUCAUGAGUACUUCUUCCGUUUCUGCAACUUGUACAAGUUUUGGAU